UGGAAGCAUCAGUUCAUGGAAGUAAUGUGCACUGCACGGAUAAGACAAUUGAAGCUGCAGAGGCCUUGCUUCAUAUGGAGUCUCCUACCUGCCUGAGAGAUGCCAGGAGUCCUGUGGAAGUUUUUGUCCCUCCUUGUGUGUCAACCCCGGAAUUUAUCCACGCGGCCAUGAGACCUGAUGUCAUCACAGAAACUGUGGUGGAGGUAUCAACAGAGGAAUCUGAACCGAUGGAUGCAUCUCCUGUUCCAACUUCCCCUGAUAUCCAUGAACCAAUGAAAAAGAAAAAAGCUGGCCGUAAACCGAAGACCCAGCAGUCGGCUAUAUCUGAUGGGUCUCCAGAUCUAGGUAUAAAGAAGAAACCUAGAGAAGGCAAAGGAAAUACAACGUACUUAUGGGAGUUUCUUCUGGACCUUCUCCAGGACAAAAAUACUUGUCCUCGAUAUAUUAAAUGGACGCAGCGGGAGAAGGGAAUCUUUAAACUUGUGGACUCGAAAGCUGUCUCCAGACUAUGGGGAAAACACAAAAACAAACCUGACAUGAACUAUGAGACUAUGGGAAGAGCUCUGAGAUACUACUAUCAAAGAGGAAUCCUUGCAAAAGUUGAGGGACAGAGGCUUGUAUAUCAGUUUAAGGAGAUGCCAAAAAAUAUAGUUGUCAUAGAUGAUGACAAAAGUGAGUCCUGCAAUGAAGAUUUGUCAAUGCCUGCAGAUGAAAAGUCAUUGGAAAAAAAAACUUUAUCUGCAGAAAAUCUUUUGAAAGCAGCAACCUCUGCACGUGGUGGAAAAAAUUCCUCUCAGUUAAGCUGUACCAGAACAGAAAAAGCAGUCACCAGAGUUGUGAAUAUUGCCUCACCAGCACAUGAUACAUCAUCAUCUCGUCCCUCAACUACCACUACUACUGUCCCAGCAACCACAGCUCCCAGGACUGUACGUGUGGCGAUGCAAGUGCCUGUUGUAAUGACCUCUCUGGGACAGAAAAUCUCAACUGUGGCAGUGCAGUCAGUAAAUGCAGGGUCACCGUUAAUAACCAACACAAGUCCAACCACAGCAACAACUCCAAAGGUAGUAAUCCAGACAAUCCCUACUGUGAUGCCAACCUCCCCUGAAAACGGAGACAAAAUCACAAUGCAGCCUGCCAAAAUCAUUACGAUCCCUGCCACCCAGCUUACGCAGUGUCAGUUACAAACAAAAACAGGCCUCUCUGGGUCGGGAGGUAUUAACAUCGUGGGAACCCCGUUGGCUGUUCGAGCACUAACCCCAGUGUCUAUAGCUCCUGGGACACCAGUAAUGAGACUAUCGGUGCCUGCUCAGCAGGCGUCUGGCCAGACUCCUCCCAGGGUGAUUAGUGCAGUUAUCAAAAGUCCAGAAGUUAAAUCGGACACAGCGGCUUUAAAACAGGAACGUGAAGUGAAAACAGUGCAGCUGGUAAAAGAAGAGAAGCCGGCAGAUGGAAGCAAGACUGUGACCCACGUAGUAGUAGUUAGCACGCCCUCAGCUAUAGCUCUUCCUGUAACAGUGAAAACAGAAGGAAUCCUAACGUGUGAGAAAUGAAGAAUGAAUGGGGUGCUUCCAGCAUGGACUUCUAGACUGUUACGGUUUGGAAUAUACUGACAUAAGUGGGGGAGGGAAGUGGAUGCAAUCACCAAGUCGAAAAGGAGAGCUUUGAAAUGUUAAUAAACAUGCGUAUGUUGAAGACUUACUGGAAAAAAUUUAUUUUCCCGUGUUUCAGUGGGAAUUGAACCACAUUGAUAAACGCUGACAAAAACUGCCUCUUCCAGUUGGGAAACAGCUGAAGCUAUGGAGAAGGAAAGAUAGAGGGACUGAAAAGGGACCAAACAGUUCACUACGUUACCAAGUUACACUAAGACCUGGAACACUAAAGGAGAGUUGUGUCAGAGGUUUGCCUUGGUUUUUAGUUUUCAGGGGGAAAGGAAAGUCUCAUUGUUACAAAUGGCAAAUUUGAUGCAUUUUAUAUGCAUACCAGCAAUUACUACUGUGUGUCCACAGUACUCAACUGGUGCUAUGUGA